UCUUUGCGGCUGGGUUUUCCUUCCAAGAUACUUUUGUUGCACGCGUGGUUUUCCCGUGUACUGCUGCUGGCGUUGAACUUUUCGAAAUAAAGCAACGUGGGGAAGGCGGACCUGGCAUCAAGAGGAAAGAAACCGGAGGAAGAGAUGCCCGUAGUGAUCGGCUUUGAGGGCAGCGCCAACAAGAUCGGAAUUGGGAUUGUCAGGGAUGGGGAAGUGCUGAGCAAUCCCCGACGGACAUAUGUAACCCCUCCGGGACAGGGUUUCCUUCCAGGUGACACGGCACGCCACCACCGUUCUUGCGUUCUUACUGUGUUGCACGAAGCCCUAGAAGAGGCUGGAUUGAAACCUCGGGACAUUGAUGCAGUGGCUUUCACCAAAGGCCCAGGGAUGGGAGCUCCACUGGUGACUGUAGCUGUUGUUGCCAGAACUGUGGCCCAGUUGUGGGGGAAGCCACUUCUGGGAGUGAAUCAUUGUGUCGGACACAUUGAGAUGGGGCGGCUUGUGACCGGUGCAAAGAACCCAACAGUGUUGUACGUCAGUGGUGGGAACACUCAGGUCAUUGCAUACUCUGAGCAUCGUUAUCGUAUAUUUGGGGAAACUAUAGACAUUGCUGUGGGAAACUGCCUGGAUCGUUUUGCUCGAGUGUUGAAGAUCUCAAAUGAUCCCAGUCCAGGCUACAACAUCGAACAGAUGGCCAAAAAGGGUCAAAAGUUGGUCGAGCUUCCCUAUACAGUGAAAGGCAUGGACGUGUCAUUCUCUGGGAUUCUGUCCCACAUAGAGGACGUGGCUCACAGAAUGCUGUCUGCAAAAGAAUGCACUCCAGAGGACCUCUGCUUCUCUCUACAGGAGACACUCUUCGCAAUGCUGGUGGAGAUCACCGAACGGGCCAUGGCACAUACCAGCUCCAGUGAGGCCUUAAUUGUGGGCGGCGUUGGCUGCAACGAGCGACUUCAAGAGAUGAUGGGGAUCAUGUGCAGAGAGAGAGGGGCUCGACUCUUUGCAACUGAUGAAAGGUUCUGCAUUGACAAUGGUGCCAUGAUCGCCCAAGCUGGUUGGGAAAUGUUUCAGUCUGGUCAAGUCACAGCACUCAAAGAUUCGUGGAUUACGCAAAGGUAUCGUACAGACGAAGUGGAGGUAACGUGGCGAGACUAAGGGUUUCUCUUCUCCAGUUUGGAAGCCGUGAAGAAAAAGCAGCUGCAAGGCUCAUUAGAUACACCCUUUUUUUAAAACGCACACUUUUUCGCCUAAAAUAAAUGAUCUGAUUUUGUAGGAAAGGGCUCUACAGUGUGUCUGUGCUG